UUAUGUUCAUAUUUCAUACAGACUGUGCUUAUUUUUAGUAUAUGUAGGUGGUUACGAGUAAUAUACUAUUGGGCAACCGUACACUAAAUACUAAUACGACGUUUCCACCAAAAGCAAACACGGUGUUUGCAGGAGUUGUGUUUGGGAGAACUGUCAACUGUUUCCACCGAAAGUUUGGGAGAAACUGUGUUUGAACUGUCUUUUGUUGACAUUGUGAAAUAAGAAUUAUAAAAAUUGAUAAAAUUAUAAAAUGGUGCAUAAAAUUCAAUUUGUUAUGUUGAUUUUAUCAUUUUAUUUUAAAAUAAUUGAUAGUGAGUUGGUCACAUAUUAUUUAAAAAAAAGGUUAAGGGAAAAUAAAAUAAUUUUAAGCGUUGCUGCCAAUUUAAUGCGUUCGCAAAGUGUAUGGUCUUUGGAGCAUUCCAGUACCUUUUGGGAAGUAGACUGCCAGAGUAAUGGGGACAAGUUUUUCAAAGAUAAUUUCCGAAUGGAAAGAUCCUGCUUUGAAAAAUUGUGCAGCAAACUUGAAAAAAUAGCCAAAAGAAAAACGAACUAUCGAAACCCGAUUUCACUAAAAAAGCGCGUGGCAAUUGCUCUGUAUGCACUAGGAUUUUCUAGUGAAUACAGAUCAAUUGGACAUUUGUUUGGAGUAGGCAAAGCAACUGUUUGCAAAAUACUCAUCGAGUUUUGCAAUGAAGUUGGGACAUCUUUGGCUCCAAUAUAUUUGAAAAAUUUUCCACUGACAAGGGCGCAAAUUGAGAAUGGAGUCGCAGAUUUUAAUGCAAUGGGCUAUCCACAAUGUAUUGGAGCAAUAGAUGGAUGUCAUAUUGAAAUUCAUCCAAGAAAGGAAGAAGCCAUUGAUUACUACAACUACAAAGGGUGGUAUUCCGUAGUACUAUUGGCUUUGGUAGACGCAAAAUAUAGAUUUGUUUAUAUACAUUGCGGCAGUCCUGGAAGAUGCAACGACUCCGGAAUUUUUGAAAAAUCAUCGCUAAAGCGCGAGUUGCAAAGUUGUGCACUUCUUAAUGAAUUGAGCUUGCUGUAUGGAUCCACAAAAAUACCAGUCCAUAUUAUAGGGGACUCUGCUUUUCGUCUCUCUCAGCAUUUAAUGAAGCCAUAUCCUACAAAGAGUCCAAUUGGUUUAAAUCUGAAAAACAACUUUUCACCAGAACAAUAA